AUGUAUCUGAAGAAUAAUGUAACUGAGUUCAUUUUGCUUGGGUUGACUCAAGAUCCUUUUAAGAAGAAAAUAGUGUUCAUCAUUUUCUUACUCUUCUAUUUGGGGAUAUUAUUAGGUAAUUUGUUGAUUAUUGCUACCAUCAAGAUGAGCCGGUCACUUGAGAGUCCCUUGUACUAUUUCCUUUUCUACUUAUCCUUUUCUGAUACCUGUUUCUCCACUUGCAUAGCCCCUAGAAUGAUUGUGGACACCCUUGUGAAGAAUAACACCAUCUCAUUCAAUCAGUGCAUAAUACAAAUUGUUACAUUACAUUUCUUUGGCUGCCUGGAGAUCUUCAUUCUAAUCCUCAUGGCUGUCGAUCGCUAUGUGGCCAUCUGUAAGCCCCUGCACUACACCACAAUCAUGAGCCAUAGAGUCUGUGGCAUAUUGGUGGCUGUGGCCUGGGUGGGGUCCUGUGUACAUUCUUCAACUCAGAUCCUUCUGACCUUGAGUUUACCUUUCUGUGGUCCCAAUGUGAUUGAUCACUAUUUCUGUGACUUGCAACCUUUGUUGAAACUUGCCUGUGCAGACACCUAUGUCAUCAACCUACUUUUGGUGUCCAACAGUGGGGCCAUCUGCACAGUGAGUUUUGUCUUAUUGAUGUUCUCCUAUGUCAUUAUCUUGCAUUCUCUGAGAAACCACAGCGCUGAAGGGAGGAAAAAAGCCCUGUCCACCUGUAUCUCCCACAUCAUUGUGGUCAUCUUGUUCUUUGGCCCUUGCAUAUUUAUAUACACACGCCCUGCAACCACCUACUCCAUGGAUAAGAUGAUAGCUGUGUUUUAUACAAUUGGAACACCUUUGCUCAACCCUAUGAUUUAUACUCUGAGGAAUGCAGAAGUGAAGAAUGCCAUGAAGAAGUUAUGGAGCAAGAAUUUGAUCUCAGAUGACUAA